CUUUUACCCAUAACACACCGCGGUCGCUCUCAGUGGUAAAGAUGGCGUCCAGGGCACCAGUUGUGACAGGCCGGCUCAUGCUUGGUCUCCGGAAAUGGUAUUACAACUUAUGCGGCUUUAACAAGCUUGGUUUAAUGCGUGAUGACACAAUAUAUGAGGAUUCAGACGUGAAGGAGGCCCUAAAAAGGCUUCCAGAGAACGUUUAUAACGACAGGACAUUCAGGAUCAAGAGGGCCCUGGAUCUCUCAAUGAAGCAGCAGCUUCUCCCAAAAGAUCAGUGGACAAAAUUUGAAGAGGAUGUCAAUUAUCUCACACCAUACCUGGAGGAGGUGAUCCGUGAGAGGAAAGAAAGGGAGGAAUGGACUAAGAAAUAACACUUCCUGAUCACGGUUGUUGUGUGGUUGGUGCACGACUGUCCCUUGGUGUAAUAUGUAAAGUUUUAAAAAUGAGAUGUAACCUAUAUAAAAACAAUGCUCAAUAAAGAAAUGUGGAUUUACAUUUUA